AGGUCACGGAACAGAGGCAUGCUGGGAAAACACGUGUAGCAGAACAUCCCAAAGGUGACUGUUUCACUUCAGUCAUGUCGUCCAAAAAGAAGCAGGAUGUGGACGAGCGCUUCGCCCGGGUGCAGAAGGACCCCAGGUUCUGGGAGAUGCCUGAGAGAGAACGCAAGAUCAAGAUUGAUAAGCGCUUCCAGUCCAUGUUCCAUGAUGAGCGUUUCAAGGUCAAGUACACGGUGGACAAGCGAGGCCGUCCCAUCAACCACACGUCCACAGAGGACCUGAAGCGCUUCUACAAACUGUCUGACUCAGAGGAUGAGGAGGACGCGACGAGUAAGAAGACAGACGCAAAGAAGAAAAAGAAGAAGAUAAAGGAAGGGGAGUUGAAAACUGAUGGAGCUAAAGGAGAGAAACCUGAACGAGGAGUCCGAGUCAUUGAGGAAGAUAAAGAUGAGGAGCAGCAAAGUGAAGAGGAUGACGCCUCAGACCUGGGAGAAGAUGCCACAGACAUUAGUGAUGAUGACGAUGAAGAGGAAGGUAGUGCUGAGGAGGAGGAAGGCAGUGACAUGGACAGUGGAUCAGACGAGGAAGAAGAGUCUGGUCUGGACUCAGACGACAGCGACAGCGGACCAGAUCUUGCCAGAGGGAAGGGUAACAUCGAGACCAGCUCCGAUGAGGACGAUGAAGAGGAUGAGGUGGACAUGAUCCUGCGGAGAGAGGAAGAGGAGAUCGAACAUGACUGGGGCGAGCUGUGCAAAGACGCCCCGCGAAGCGAUGAGGUGUCUACCCGUCUGGCUGUCUGUAACAUGGACUGGGACCGGAUGAAGGCCAAAGACCUGCUGGCUCUGUUCAACUCCUUUGUCCCUAAAGGCGGAGCCGUGCUGUCGGUGAAGAUUUUCCCAUCUGAUUUCGGGAAGGAGAGGCUGAAGUUGGAGGCGACACAGGGUCCGAUGGAACUGAGAGCUCUGCCCGAUGACUCUGAAGACGACACCGAGGAGGAGAAGGUCUACAGAGAGAAGAUGCGUGACUACCAGUUCAAGAGGUUGAAGUACUUCUAUGGCGUGGUAGAGUGCGACUCGUCCGACACUGCGGCGAAGAUCUACAACGAGUGUGACGGUUACGAGUACGAGAGCAGCUGCUCCGUCCUGGACCUCCGGUUUAUUCCCAAUGACGUCACCUUUGAUGAUGAACCCAAAGACGUGGCGACUGACGUCAAUCUGACAUCCUACACACCCAAACUGUUCACCUCUUCCGCCUCGUCCACGUCCAAGGUGCAGCUGACGUGGGAUGAGACGGACCAUGAGCGAGUCAGCGCCCUCAACAGGAAGUUCAACAAAAAUGAGCUGCUGGACAUGGACUUCAACGCCUACCUCGCAUCGUCCAGUGAAGAAGACGAGGAGAAGGAAGACGAAGGGAUUCAGUUUGGAGUUGAAGAUGCAGCAGAAGCUGAUCAGGCAGAGGAACCUGUGGACGAGAGGAAAACCAAAGAAGAGGAGAAGAAGACGAAGAAGAAGAAGAGUGAGAAGCAAAUCUCAAAGUACAGGGAGCUGCUCAAAGGCAUUCAGGACAAAGAGAAGAAGCUGAAGGAGGACAAGGACAUGGAGAUGGAGAUCACCUGGGUUCCAGGACUGAAGGAGACGACAGAGACGCUGGUGAAGAAGAAGCUGGAGGGGAGGGAGAAGAUGACGCCAUGGGAGGAGUUUCUGCAAAAGAAGAAGGACCGUAGGAAGCAGAAGAAAGACAGAAGGAAACAGGCUGACGAGACAGAGCUCAGCGACGACGAACUUCCUCCAGAUGUCGACCUCAACGACCCGUUCUUCGCUGAGGAGCUCGUGGCCUCAGAUCUGAAGAAGAAACCAAAGAAGAAGAAGCAGGAUGAGGCAGAGCGAACAGAGGAGGAGGAGGAGGAGCUGGAGAGACAGAAGGCGGAGAUGGCGCUGCUGAUGGAGGACGAUGCUGGCGACACCAAACACAAACACUUCAACUAUGACAAGAUCGUGGAGCAGCAGAACCUGAGCAAGAAGAAGAAGAAGAAGCUGAUGAAGAAAGGAGAGCAGCUGCCAGAUGACGACCACUUCCAGGUGGACGUCAACGACCCACGGUUCCAGGCCAUGUUCACAUCCCACCUCUUCAACCUGGACCCCUCCCACCCCAGCUACAAACAGACCAAGGCCACGCAGAGCAUCCUGGCCGAGAAGCAGCGGCGACGGGAGCAGCAGUGGGAGGAGGAAGCAACUGCCGCCGCCAGCACUCAGAAGGCCACGCCCACACAGGAACCACCAACCGGAGGCAAAACGGAUGAGACUUCAGCGAAGAGACCCAUGGAUCCAAGUCUGUCGCUGCUCGUUAAGUCCAUCAAGAGCAAAACAGAGCAGUUUCAGGCGAGGAAGAAGCAGAAGUUGGUGUAGACUCGAUGGCGAUUGGUCAUCACAGCUGUCAAUUAUUUACUCAUCAUCAAUGACUGAUGGAAAUAGAUUGAUCAGACAAUGACACGAUGAUGAAAACUACCCGAAGAGACAGAGACCAGCUUUGGGAAACUGUUAGUAGAUGAUGAAAUUAACUCCUGUUGGCGAACAGAGGGGGCAGUGCCUAUUAGCUGUACUGAAACCGGCCGCUAGGGGGUGACAGACGGACUCACCUGGAGGUUUUCUAUCUUUGUGAAUAAGUUUGUAUUAAACACAUCCUGCUGAGUCAGAUCAGUUUUAUUUCAGUAGAAAAAUCAGCUUCAUUAAGACACAUUUAUCAGAUUUAAAAGAUGAAACUCCAGAUUUUUACAGAUGAACAUGUCAUGACAUUAUUCCAUAUCUACUGCGGCUGUUGAAUUAAAGGUCAGAGUAGAGGUUACAUCAGUUCAUUGAAGGCAUCACAAGAAAAUUCAACAGUGAUCCAGGAGGAAAAGUUUGGAUUAUUCCAGAUUAUGAGGUUCGACACAGAUGAAUAAAUGACACACAAGUCAAACGUUUACAGUCAAACCUGCGUCGACGCCUGAGUUUUUAAUUUACAUGUUUUUAGAAAAAGACAAUGGAACCAGAAACGUGAACUUUUCAGUCUUUACUUAAUGAAUCUGGGUAAAAAUGUUUCAAUAAGUAUUUUCAUAUCAGUCAGUAAUUAUCAUUACAUCACCAAUAAUCCAUCUGUUCCAUCCAUUAAAUCAAUCAAAACAAACAACAUUCUUCUACCAUUUAUCAGUCAUCAGCGCCACCUUCUGGUCACACUAUAGUCCAAACAUGCCUGUUUCAGGGUUUUGGAAACAUGGCCAUUGUUGUGUUGAAUAAAACUAAGCUCCUCCCUCAGUUAAUAAUCCAACCACAGCUCAGUUUCUGAAUUAAACGACAAACAACCAAAAAAAA